ACUCUUCAACUCACUUCAGAUAGUUCCUUGGCAUCGGUCUGCCUCCAAAUAGCAGCAAAACUACGUUUUUCAAAAUGUUCUUCAAUUCACUUCAGCAUAGUUGCUUGGCACCAAAGUAAUACUUUUAUUGCUGUGGCCUGAGCACAAAAACUACAAAUAAAAAAAUUAAAAAUCGGAAUCCCAAAUAUGCGCAGUAAUAUUGUACCCCUGAAUGCUAGAGAAAUUAAAAAGUGGUCUAUUUCCGAUGCAAAGUCGUAAAGUUAGGAUGACUUGAUGUAUUUUUUAGAGAGAAAAGUCGUAAUGUUACGAGAAUAAAGUCGUAAUUUUCCAAACUAAAGUCGGAAUAGUACGAUUCCGAAAGUCGAAGUUUAACGAGGGAAUCGCGUCAUCACAAGUCAAUUUAAAAACUACAACUUUACUCUCAUAAUAUUACGCCUUUUAUUUUUACAACUUUUUGCUGGAUUAAUUUGCCUUUUGUUCUUGAAAAAACGAGACAAUUUAUGCAGGGAUGUCAGAUUUCUGUGGUGAUACGUCACAAAGCUUUUUUUAUUUGAAGGACUUUAUCGCAUUUGGUCCCCACAUGUAGCCGUUGACUUUUCCAAAUGACACCAAGUAAUCGAUGCAAACGAUGCGGCGGAACCUCACUUCGACAAGCGCUGCGCUCGUCGGCCCUCUUGAACGCACAAGCGGCGACCUCGCAGGUUGUCCGAGACCAUAAAAGGACCGGCGGACGAUCACGUGAUCACCCCGAGCCUCGCGGUCCUUCCGGCGGCGCUUGUUUCGCCGGCCUCCGCGGUCUGGACGGCGAGACUCCCAAGUGACUUUUCCACACUGCUGAGAGGAGCGUUGCGGCGGCGAGCGAACGCCACAUUUGAUGCGUUUUGGGACGCUUCGGAUGUGGUUAAAAAGCAGACCUGACAGCGUGAAGAUGAUCAUGAAGACACACAAGCGCAAGCUCCAGCCGGAGUCGUCCUCCGAGGAGUCGCCCGGAGGCGGCGGGGGGUGCGGCGCCCUGGCGUGGGAGAGGCAGCGUCAGUUCGUGUUCAGCGUCUCCCUGCACAAGUACCGACGGGACCAGGAGCUACCUGAGCCCAGCCUGCGCAGGUCAGUCCUCAUCAGCAACACCCUGCGGCAGGUGGAAGCGUGUCGGGCGGCCUCCCCCGACCGCCGGGCGUCGCCUGCGCUCGUCGGACAGCCGACCGCCGCCGGAGAGAACGACCUGCCGUCGCCGGCCAAAUGCCAGCGGGUGGCGUCGAGCGGCGCGGCGCCCGAGGAAGCGGAGGACUGGUGCUCCCUGUCCGCCGACCCCGAUUUCACCAUCUCGCCCGCCGUCACGUCCAUCCUCACCGGCCUGGACACCGGCCCGGACGACGGCGCGCCGCACCUGACGCCGCGGGCGGCCCUCAGGUCUCUGGAGAACCUGCAGGCCUGCCCGGUCGCCGGCGUGUUGUGGCCGAGGCCGCCGGUCCGAGGCGUUCACGGCCCGGACCCGAUGGAGUGGGAGGCCGGCGCCGAGGAGGCGCGGUCCGGCUACCUGAAGGAAGUGACGGCCGACGAGGACGUGUUCCAGGACAUAGACACGUCCCAGCUGGAGAGGGACAUGGGGAUUCUGGGCCUGCGGGGCGACGGGCGCCCGCCCGGGGACGCCAAGGGCCUGCCGUCCUUCUCGUCCUUCAGCUCGCCGCCGACCCCCUUCAGGGACGGGCUGGAUCUGGAGCACCUCGUCACCAUGCUGGUCGAGACCUGAGGGGGGCGUCAGAUUUUAACCCAACGCUGCUAAGCAGUAUGGAAAGCUGUUUGAGCAUUUAGUCUUGAGCCUUCAGAUCCGUUUUGAGGUCUGUGUAUUAGUACGGGCUUUGUCCUCAUUAGUAAGGCAAUUCAGCCACUGGUACAACAAAUGUGUCGGACUAGUAAUGUUUUUUUUCCCACAACGGUAUGACAAUACUGCACACGAGUUGGGCAACUUUACCAUACUAGUAGAUAACUACUAGAGAGGCUAAAAUGUACAGUAGUCAACAACUACAUGCUGCUAGUACACCGAACCCCUCUAUUUGAGCAAGGAAAAAAAUCGAGUAAUUGCCGCCCACCCCACAGAGGUUUGUAAUUGCCUAUAACUGCCACAAGAUGGCAGAAAGGCACUUUUUUUCCCCCUAGUAGACAAAGCAGUGAAGCUCCUCCCCUCAGCGCAACACAGUUCCUUGGCAUCAAAAUGCCACCAGAUGGUGCCAAAGCAAUACUUUUAUAGUAGACAUGACUGGUGGGAGCCCAAAAACGCUGAGUAAAGGAGGGGAGGUUCUCACCAAAAAAUGAAGUUCACUGUAAUACUAGUGAAAUAAAGUUCUACUAGUUAAUAUCUAGUGCAGCACUGGUAGUACCCAGAUGUCAACUAGGGUACAGUUUUGAACCACUAGUAACGUCAUGCAGUAGUAGAAAAAAAUGGUACUAGUAAGUCAGUUGUGAUUCUAGUGUGUUGAAUACUUUUACUAGUGAUGACAAGAAGACUUGAAGCUGGAUAUCAAGGCGCCUUAAAAGUUGGUCGGGCAUUUAUUCCAUGUCCUUGAUGAGGUGGCUACUAGUGCCUGAUACAUGCCUAUGAGUUUGGGCCCAAGUUUUAAGUGCAUACUUGUAGGCCAAAUGUGGCACUAGUAGUGGAAAGCGAUGUUACUUGUAAGACACUUCUACUAGUGUGCUUAAUUGUCUUACUAUUUAAAAGGAAGAGCGUACUAGUACAUGGACCUCAUCAAGGAUGUGGACUAAAUGUUGAAACAUGUUUUUCAUACAACGAAGCAACUUUAUGAUUAUAAAUAUGAAUCUGUUACCGUACGAAGAUGAACUGACAGCCGUCAAGUGUGGAAACACUAAAAUGUUGCGUGGAAUCUUCCGUGAAGAAAAGUUUCACCUUGUAUUUAUCUUUCUGUCUGUUGUUCUUCUGAAGAGAUUUUCUCAUGUACUUUUGGUCCGUGCUCUCGUUUGGUAUUCGCAAAAGUUCCGGCUGAGACUCUCGGCUCCGUUUCCUUGUUGGAGUGAAUGCACUUUUUUUGGGUGGGAAAUGUUAAUAUGAUUUACGGAGCAAAUUAGGUUUUGUUUUUUGGGGUGGGGGGGGUUGUUCACUGACACAAAGUGUUCCAAUAAGCCUCAAAUGUCUGGUUUUUACAAGAACUUACCACUAACACCAUUUUUCUUGUCUGUUUUAUAAAGGAGGGCAAAAUGUCCACAUCACAUUUUCUUUUUUUAAGAGUUGUAAUUGUUUUUUCACCUGUACUUUUAUUAAAAUGUGAUAAUGACAUUGUUCUUGACAAUCAGAACAUUGAAUUCAACAU